UAAGUUCUGUGUUCAUGUGAACUGAAAACGAAAGCGGGAAGAAGAUGUUAAGAAACGUUCUGGCACUUCAGCAGUUGUCCCGGCGGUCGCUGACGACCAGCGCUCGCAGGUUCGUUGACAACAAGGUGCCACAGAAGCAGAGGCUGUUUCAGGAAAACAAUGGUAUACCUGUACACCUGAAGGGUGGGGCAGGAGAUGCAGUGCUCUACCGCACAACGAUGGCCAUCACGAUUUUCGGAACUGCAUAUGUUUUGUACGAGCUGAUGAAGGCAGCAGUGCCCCAGAAGAAGGAAUGAAUCCAGCUCCAAUACCUAUGGCUGUCUUUACCAGUCCCUAUGUCGUCUGCUAAGAGAGAGAGAGUUGUGUUUGCUUAUUGAUUAUUUAUUCCUCCAUACCUGUUUUCCCUGUGUAAAUGGGACCAGUGUCACUCUGCACCACUUAAUUUUACUGAGGAGAAUAAAUACGCUCUCUCGUA